CACAGUGCGCUCUCAGCAGAGGAAAGCGCAGUGUUACAAUGAGCUUCUCCAUCCCACCGGCUAAUACCCACCCACACUGCCGUCCUCCGAUAAGCAGCAUCAAAAUCGCCCACCACUCUCACAACCACCGCCUGGCCCCAGGAUGCCCGGGGGAAAGAGAGGGCUUGUGGCACCGCAGAAUACUUUUCUGGAAAACAUUGUCCGGCGCUCAAGUGAGACCAGCUUCCUCCUGGGGAACGCCCAGAUCGUGGAGUGGCCUGUAGUCUACAGUAAUGACGGAUUCUGCAAGCUCUCUGGGUUCCACAGGGCUGAGGUUAUGCAAAAAAGCAGCACUUGCAGUUUUAUGUAUGGAGAGCUGACGGACAAGAAGACAAUAGACAAAGUCAGAGAGACAUUUGAUAAUUAUGAGUCCAACUGCUUUGAGGUCUUGCUAUACAGGAAGAACAGGGCGCCAGUGUGGUUCUAUAUGCAGGUGGCCCCCAUCAGGAAUGAGAAUGACAAAGUGGUUCUCUUCCUGUGCACCUUCAAAGACAUCACUGUCUUCAAGCAGCCCAUCGAGGACGAGUCCACUAAGGGUAAGGACGAGUCCACUUCGGGAUGGACCAAGUUUGCACGGCUGACACGGGCACUGACACAUAAUAACCGCAACACCAGCCACCAUACCACACCACAGCAGCUCACUCCUAUGAGCAGCCAUGAGGUCAGCCAACCCAAGCAGUCCCGUCUGGCAGAGGUUCUCCAGCUAGGUUCAGACAUCCUCCCCCAGUACAAACAGGAGGCUCCUAAGACUCCCCCUCACAUCAUCCUCCACUACUGCACCUUCAAGACCACCUGGGACUGGGUCAUCCUCGUCCUCACCUUCUACACGGCCAUCAUGGUGCCCUACAACGUGUCCUUCAAGACCAAGCAGAACAACAUCGUGUGGCUGGUGCUGGACAGUGUGGUGGAUGUCAUCUUCCUGGUGGACAUCGUACUCAACUUCCACACCACCUUCGUGGGGCCCGGUGGGGAGGUCAUCUCAGACCCCAAGCUGAUCAGGAUGAACUACCUGAAGACCUGGUUCGUCAUCGACCUGCUGUCCUGCCUGCCCUAUGACAUCAUCAAUGCCUUUGAGAAUGUGGAUGAGGGUAUUAGCAGUCUGUUCAGCUCUCUGAAGGUGGUGCGCCUGCUGCGUCUGGGCCGGGUGGCCCGUAAACUGGACCACUAUCUGGAGUAUGGAGCAGCUGUAUUGGUCCUACUGGUGUGUGUGUUUGGCCUGGUGGCCCACUGGCUGGCCUGCAUCUGGUACAGCAUUGGCGACUACGAGGUCAUUGACGAGGUCACCAACACUAUCAAGACGGACAGCUGGCUCUACCAGUUAGCCAUCAACCUCGGCUCGCCGUAUUGCUACAAUGCCAGCGGCUCAGGCCAAUGGGAGGGUGGCCCCGGGAAAGACUCUCUGUACAUCACGUCUCUUUACUUCACCAUGACCAGCCUGACCACCAUCGGGUUCGGCAACAUUGCCCCCACCACGGAUGGAGAGAAGAUCUUCUCUGUGGCCAUGAUGAUGGUCGGCUCUCUCCUGUACGCCACCAUCUUUGGAAAUGUGACCACCAUCUUCCAGCAGAUGUACGCCAAUACCAACCGCUACCACGAGAUGCUGAACAACGUGAGGGACUUCCUCAAGCUCUACCAGGUGCCCAAUGGGCUGAGUGAGAGGGUGAUGGACUACAUUGUCUCUACAUGGUCCAUGUCCAAGGGCAUCGACACUGAGAAGGUGCUGUCUAUCUGUCCUAAAGACAUGCGGGCAGACAUCUGUGUUCACCUGAACCGGAAGGUGUUCAAUGAGCACCCUGCGUUCCGCCUGGCAAGUGACGGCUGCCUGCGCUCUCUAGCCGGGGAGUUCCAGACCAUCCACUGCGCCCCUGGAGACCUCAUCUUCCAUGCUGGGGAGAGCGUCGACACACUCUGCUUUGUGGUGUCAGGGUCACUGGAGGUCAUCCAGGACGAUGAGGUCAUCGCUAUCCUAGGUAAAGGAGAUGUGUUUGGAGAUGUGUUCUGGAAAGAGACCACUCUUGCACAUGCGUGUGCUAACGUGCGGGCACUGACGUACUGCGACCUGCACAUCAUCAAGAGAGAGGCACUGCUCAAGGUUCUGGAGUUCUACACAGCCUUUGCGAACUCCUUCUCACGCAACCUUAUCCUCACCUGCAACCUACGCAAGCGGGUAAUUUUUCGUAAGAUCAGUGACGUGAAGAAGGAGGAGGAGGAGCGCCAGCGUCAGAAGAACGAGGUUCAGCUGACCAUCCCCCAGGACCAUCCGGUCAGGAAGCUCUUCCAGAAGUUCAAGCAGCAGAAGGAGCUGCAGAGGAAUCAGGGGGCGUCCUCCCAGCUGGACCUGGAGAAGAACCAGCUCCAAGUGGAGCACCACCUUCACCCCAUCCCCCACAGCCUGCAGCUGUCCCACUCCAGCCUGCAGCACUCCCUGCCCCUCAACAUCCAGCGGCCCGGACCCCACUCCUCCCUGCAAGGGCUCCAGAACGGGGCUCCCCCUACGGGCUGCAGUAGCAGUGUGCUCACCGUGUCCCAGGUCACGCCCAUGCAGUCUAGUCCUGCCAUGGGGGAGCCGCCUCCAGUCCGACUCAAGGUGAGCAGCAGCCCUGCUCUGGUAAAGCCUCCUGCUGCCAGGGGCUGGGGGCGCCUCAAAAACGUGGCUGCCCCACCUCCCGUGGUCAGGAAGGAAGGACUGAACAAUGUAGCUAAAGCCGUUUCUGUGGAGAUGCUAUCUCAGCAGGGCAGGGGUCAGGAGGCGGGGCUCAGAGGAGGAGAGGGAGAGGACAACCGCCUCCAUAAGACAGACUCCUGCGAUAGCGGCAUCACUAAGAGUGAGCUGCGUAUAGACAGGGCCGGGGAGGCCCCCCUGCCACACCCGUUCGGCCCCAUCCCAGAGCAGGCCCUGCAGGCUGCGCUGCAGGAGACCCGGCUGGAGCUCCGGGGGGACCUCCAGACUCUGGGGGGCCGGCUGGGGGCCCUGGAGAAACAGGUGGCUCAGAUCUUCAAACUGCUGACCUCUACAGAGAAGAGGAGGCCGUCUCUACCUCUGGCCGCCACCCCCAAAACCAAAACCAAACGUCAGGACAUCUUCACUGUCUCCAGACCCGUUUCUCCUGAUUUAGUGGACGAUGACGGGCACAUCUGAAGAGGACAAAACACCACUGUUCGACGUACCAUAACAUUUGCACACAAACUUUUAACUCAUGUCCAUCAUGAGACCUUUCUUGAUUGUAAAUAUUUCUCUAUGCAUGUCCAGCUGGAUUCUGGCUUGCCAAAGAAACUAAAAGUCUAUUCAGGGGCGCAACUUUGGUUUUAGAAGUGGGGGGCAUCUAAAGCUCAUUUCCUGCAUUUCUACUAGGUCUGUUCCCGACAACAAACAAAUAUUGGUUGAUCAAGAGUAGUCUUUUAUUUCGACCAAUCAAUUGGUUGAAAUUUGUAAACAUAUAUUUUUACGCAUAUAGACUCACCCUAUGUGUUCUAAUAAAAUCAACUAGGCUAUAAGUACUGAAAUUGUCUGAUACUUUGAGCACGCUGUUUGAUUAAAUAAUUACGACACACAAAUAACUCAACAGGGAGCCAGAGAUCAAGAUAGCCUAGCCAGAAGAAAAAAUAAUUUUCCAGACCCUCUUCUUGCUGCUGCUGGCCUUCGCAGAUUCUGCCUUUAUGCUGCUUAAGUUGCUGGUAAUAGGCUACACCAGCGGUCGGCAACCUUUUCCAUUUGAAGUGCAAGCUUAUGAUAUCAUUUCUACCAUACUGCGUGACUGUUAUGAUUUUUAUAUGCACAUUUUCGUGGAACAGUUUCAUUUAAUUUAUUAUAGGCUUUGCAACUCAAAAUCUUUGUCUGUGGUUAAUCUACAGUCUAUCUAAAUAUAAAUGAAAAUGAUACAAAUCUAAAAGUAACUUUUAUUGCCAUUGCCAACUAUGUAAAAAUAGCCUAUUUAAAGCCAACACAUAAAAACAUUGAAGCCUGCAGGUAGAAAAUAUCCUGAUGAAAAUAAAUAUCCUAUAAAUCACAUUGGUACGCAUGGCCUGUCUAUCAACUGGGUCGCCCGAAACUCGUACUAGCAAACAUGAAACAUUGUGUAAAAUAUUCUGGGCCCUCAGAUAUUCCAGUGCCAGUGAGCUCGGGACAGACACAGCUGUAGGCUAAUUGUGCAAGGGAUGUUUCCACUGGACCAGAGCAUUUCAUUUGUACUUUUCAUGCUGAGUGGUUAUCGAAAGGAAAGGGAGAGAGCUGGAAAUAUUGUUCAAAUACUUAGAGGAACUAUUGUCAUUAUCAGUUGAUUCUAAAAACAGACUUUGUUUACUUGCUGUUUGAGGUGAAGAAAAAUGACUUUUAGAAUCUCCACAGCUCAUUAGUGGUGGUGAAUUAAGACAAUCAGAAAUACUAUCAGACAUCCCCAAGUGGGCACAUUUAUAGGCCUACAUUUGCGCGCAGGCCAGGUGGGUUAGAAGUUUACAUGCACUCAAUUAGUACUUGGUGCCUUAAAACUGUUUAACUUGGGGCAAACGUUUCGGUUAGCCUUUCACAAGCUUCCCACAAUAAAUUGCCUGAAUUUUGGUCCAUUCCUCCUGACAGAGCUGGUGUAACUGAGUCAGGUUUGUAGGCCUCCUUGCUUGCACCUGCUUUUUCAGUUCUGCCCACAAAUUGUCUAUAGGAUUGAGGUCAGAGCUUUGUGAUGGCCACUCCAACACCUUGACUUUGUUGUCCUUAAUCCAUUUUGCCACAACUUUGGAAGUAUGCUUAGGGUCAUUGUCCAUUUGGAAGACCCAUUUGCGACCAAGCUUUAACUUCCUGACUGAUGUCCUGAGAUGUUGCUUCAAUAUAUCAACAUAAUUUUCCCUCCUCGUGAUGCCAUCUAUUUUGUAAAGUGCACCAGUCCCUCCUGCAGCAAAGCGCCCCCACAACAUGAUGCUGCCACCCUCGUGCUUUACAGUUGGGAUGGUGGUCUUUGGCUUGCAAGACUCCCCCUUUUUCCUCCAAACAUAACGAUGGUCAUUAUUGCCAAACAGUUCAUCAGACCAGAGGACACAGAAAGUAUGAUCUUUGUCCCCAUGUGCAGUUGCAAAUUGUAGUCUGGCUUUUUUAUGGCGGUUUUGGAGCAGUGGCUUCUUCCUUGCUGAGCGGCCUUUCAGGUUAUGUCGAUAUAGGACUUGUUUUACUGUGGAUUUAGAGGGUCCUUCACAGGGUCCUUUGCUGUUGUUCUGGGAUUGCUUUGCACUUUCUCACCAACGUACGUUCAUCUCUAGGAGACAGAAUGCAUCUCCUUCCUCAGCGGUAUGACGGCUGUGUGGUUUCAUGGUGUUUAUACUUGCGUACUAUUGUUUGUACAGAUGAACGUGGUACCAUCAGGCGUUUGGAAAUUGCUCCCAAGGAUGCACCAGACUUGUGGUCUACCAUUUUUUUUCCUGAGGUCUUGGCUGAUUUCUUUUGAUUUUCCCAUGAUGUCAAGCAAAGAGGCACUGAGUUUGAAGGUAGGCCUUGAAAUACAUCCACAGGUACACCUGCAAUUGAUUCAAAUGAUGUCAAUUAGCCUAUCCGAAGCUUCUAAAGCCAUGACAUCAUUUUCUGGAAUUUUCCAAGCUGUUUAAAGGCCCAGUCAACUUAGUGUAUGUAAAUUUCUGACCCACUGGAAUUGUGAUACAGUGAAUUAUAAGUGAAAUAAUCUGUCUGUAAACAAUUGUUGGAACAAUUACUUGUGUCAUACACAAAGUAGAUGUCCUAACCGACUAGCCAAAACUAUAGUUUGUUAACAAGACAUUUGUGGAGAGGUUGAAAAACGAGUUUUUAAUGACUCCAACCUAAGUGUAUGUAAACUUCUGACUUCAAAUGUAUAAUGGGGAAUUGAGAGACACAGCAAACAAUGCACACAAAGUUAUGAAACAUUGAAUACCCACGAAAGGGCGGGAGAGAAUGCCUUCUGGAGAAAGACGUGCCUUGUGCAUCUGAGCCACAAUCCCCAUAUUGUUGGACCGUGUAAUCCCUGCCGCCUCCUCAAUGGAUUAGUCCACUGAGACAGGCGCAAAUCAGACACGUGUCUCGUGUGCCAUAAUCUAUUUGCUACUGCUGGACUAAAAAAAAUCUCAUGUUUUCAAUACAGACACCUUUUGUCAUACAAAAAUCAAAUAUAGUGAUGCAUAACUUGACAUUUCUGCCAUCCAUUGUGACAUUGUGGGAGGAUAACCAACCUUCCAAUUAAUGGCAUAGCAUUUCUUAGCUGCUAUAAAUGCUGAGUUUCACAGUUUCUUCUGAUAACAUUCUCCAAUAUCAACAUUUCCAAGAAAAUAAAAACAGGGAGACGGGUGAAUCUGUAGACAUGCUGAGAUAAAAUCACAUUCUCUGACAGAAUUCAGCCAGCCUUCACAAGAUCAUAACAUAACAAAUAUGUUCCCUUUGGUGUUUUACACAUCCAGCAGAGAAAUUAUAUUUCUGAGUGCUUGAUAUUCAGUUUCACUGGCAUAUAGUAUGUUCUAUGGAUGGUCUUAAACUGCAGUUUAUGUCUGAGAUGAUAUGAACAUGACAGGUUAUUCAAACAUAUCUGUAUCCAUUCAUCACCAUCAGUAGUGUUUCCCAGGUCUCCCUCACAUUUCUGUUUUGUGUCAUCAGG